ACAAAAUUAUUUACACAUACAAAUAUGCAUCAAAUACCACUUAAAAAUUUAAUCUUUAACACUUUUUCAAAAACCCAUUUCAUUUUCAACAAUUUUUAUAAUCAAUCCUAUAAAAAGCAGUCAUUUUUAAUUUCUUCUUAUUUCACAACUUCUAGCCUAUUUGCAGCUGAAACAAAUCCACCUGUUAAAAGAAAGAAUUUUAAAAAAUGGGAUAAAGAGAAGCUAAGAUUGUAUUCAGGGAAGCUCCGAGAUUGUGCCGAAAAUCGGGCUGUAAAUGAGGGAAAAAAGAUUCAUAAACAGAUUGUGGAAAGUGGUAUUGAGUUGGAUUCUCAUUUGUGGGUGUCAUUGAUUAGUUUUUAUGCGAAAUGUGGGUGUUUGAGUAUUGCACGCAAGGUGUUAGAUGAAAUGCCUGAGAGAGAUGUUGUGUCUUGGACGGCGCUUAUUAGUGGGUUUGUUAGUGAAGGGUGUGGUGGUGAAGCAAUUCGGGUUUUUUGUGAAAUGUGUGAAGAAGGGAUAAGGGGGAACGAGUUUACGUUAGCUAGUGUUUUGAAAGGGUGUAGUUUGUGUUUGAAUAUUGAGUUUGGUAAGCAGUUACAUUGUGAGAUUGUGAAACACGGGUUUUUUGAUGAUGGGCAUGUUGGUUCGGGUCUCGUUGAUCUUUAUGCUAAAUGUGGUGAGUUGGAUUAUGCGGAGAAGGUGUGUGUUUCGUUGCCUGAACAAAACGUGGUUUCGUGGAAUUCAUUGAUUAAUGGGUUUUCUCUUGCAGGUGAUGAUGAAAGGGUUUUGAGAUUAUUUUGUAGGAUGAAAGAAGCUGAAGUGAAGUUUAAUAGAUAUACGUUGUGUACUAUUCUUAAAGGGUGUGCCGCUUCUAAGAACAUAAAAGCAGGCCGGAUUGUGCAUGGUAUGGCAAUUGUAAGUGGGUGCGAAGAUGAGGAAUUUGUGAGUUGCAGUCUUGUUGACAUGUAUUCCAAAUGUGGGCUGGCAGGUGAUGCAUUAAACGUGUUUUGGAGGAUAAAAUCGCCUGACGUUGUGAUAUGGAGUGCCAUGAUCUGUUGCCUUGAGCAGCAAGGAAGGGAAAAAAAAGCCGCUGAGCUAUUUUGCAUGAUGGUAUCUUUGGGAUUGAGACCCAACCAGUUUACUCUUACAAGCAUUCUCAGCGCUGCUAAAAGUCUAGGUGACCUACGUUAUUCUCAGUGUCUACAUGCCUGUGUUUACAAAUAUGGUUAUGCAAAUGAAACAGCAGUCAAUAAUGCAUUACUUACAAUGUACAUGAAGAAUGAUUCAUUUGACGAUGGUUGCAAAGUUUUUAAUGCAAUGAGUCACCGGGAUUUAGUUUCAUGGAAUGGUCUUUUAUCAGGAUUCCAUGACAGUGAAAGCUGUGACGGACCGAGAAUCUUUCAGCAGAUUUUAGUAAAUGGUUUCAAACCCAACAUGUAUACAUUUGUUAGUACCAUACGGUCUUGUACUAGCUCCUUAAAUUGUGAGUUUGGGAAGCAAGUGCAUGCCCGAGUUAUUAAAGAGAAUUUUGGUGGUGAUUGUUAUGUGGGAACAGCUCUGAUUGACAUGUAUGUCAAGUCCAAAUGCAUGGAAGAUGCCGAGAAGAUUUUUAGUAAGUUGAAUGAGAUCGAUCUUUUCACUUGGACAGCAAUUAUUUCUGGUUGUGCACAGACUGAUCAAGGGGAGAAAUCCAUUUUCUACUUCAAUCAAAUGCAUAAAGAUGGUGUUAAACCCAAUGAGUUCACUCUUGCUGGCUGUUUAAGAGGUUGCUCUGGGAUUACAAGCCUAGAAAAUGGGAGACAAUUGCAUUCUUUUGUGAUUAAAGAUGGCCAUGUUGAUGAUUCGUAUGUUGCAAGCGCACUUGUAGAUAUGUAUGGGAAGUGUGGGUGCAUUGAUGAUGCUGAGAUGAUCUUUGCAACAAUGGAAUCACAUGAUACCGUAUUGUGGAACACAAUCAUUAAUCAGUACGCACAACAUGGCCAAGGAGAGAAUGCUCUUAAGACUUUUGAGAACAUGUUAGCUAAAGGUGUCUCACCUGAUGGAGUUACUUUUAUCGGCAUACUUUCAGCAUGUAGCCAUUUGGGUUUGAUAGAAAUAGGAAAACAACAUUUUUACUCCAUGACUGAAAUUUAUAGAAUUCCCCUGAGCAUUGAGCAUUAUGCUUGUAUGGUUGAUAUUCUUGGUAGGGCGGGCAAGUUUAAUGAAGUUGAAACUUUAAUAGAUCAAAUGAAGCUAACUCCCAAUAGUUUAAUUUGGGAGACACUCCUUGGAGCUUGUAAAGUUCACGGGAAUGUAGAGCUUGGCCAAAAGGCCGCAGAGAAACUUUUUCAGAUUGAGCCUGAAGUAGAUUCAAACUAUAUUAUGUUAUCCAACAUUUUUGCAGCCAAAGGGAUGUGGGAUGAUGUGGCUCAAGUUAGGGCAUCUAUGUCGAGGCAAGGGAUUAAAAAGGAACCAGGGUGCAGUUGGGUUGACGUUGAUGGUCAAACCCAUGUGUUCUUGUCUCAAGAUACAUCUCACAUAAGGAUACAUGAAAUACAUCAAAAGUUGGAAGAAUUGGAGAAAAAGUUACAUUCUGUAGGUUAUGUUCCAAAUACAGAUUAUGUGCUUCACAAUGUUUCUGACAAAGAAAAACGUGAAAUACUUUCCCAUCAUAGUGAAAGAUUGGCUCUUGCUUUUUCCCUUAUCGACAACAAACCAAAUAAACGGGUUAGAAUAUUUAAAAAUCUUAGAAUAUGUGGAGACUGCCAUGAGUAUAUGAAGCUUGUUUCUAAUAUCACUAAUAAGGAUAUUGUUAUACGUGAUGCUAAGCGAUUCCACCAUUUUCAAGAUGGUGCAUGCUCGUGUAAAGAUUAUUGGUGAACCUGGGGAUUUAAUAAGUUGGAUUGUAGAUAAGGGAACUGUGGGACCUUGUAUAUUACCGGAACCAAGAGCUUAAAUCCUGAGGAACACAACAAAUGUCAAAUGACCAAGGUUUUUGCCUUAAUUAGCUGAUGUGGAUUCGUACGAGGAUGGAUUGUGUUGGACAAAAGCAAAUUGGCAACAUUUGGUCUUAUGAACCGUACGUUGCUGUUAAAAGGUCCCAACACAAGGAGGCAUCCCCACCUCAAUCAUGUGCAAAGUGCAACAACAGUUUGAUUCAUUGUGACUGAUUUGAGGCAAUGGAAAUUUAAAGAUGACCCUGUUCUCUUCUCUUGUAUCUAUAUCUAUAUCUAUAUCUAUACUAUAUUAUAAAGCA